AUCUGCCGAUAUCAGAGUUACUUCAUUCCCCUUGUCAGCAGCUAUUCAUGUUGUGGUUGCUGCUGUCUAAGACCUCUUCAAUGAUAGCAUGGCCGAUAGUGCGGUGGGAUCGGUGAUUGUUGCAGCGAUCCAAAGUGUCGGCAAAGUUUAUGUGAUUGGGGCUGUUGGUUACUUGUCAAGCAAAUAUCCUUGGCAAGCACCGCUGCUGCCACACACCGCCGUCGGAACGGUCGCGCGUUUUUGCUUCAAUGCUUUGCUCCUUCCGCUCAUGUACGGCACGACUGCCAUGUCCGUUUCUCCAUCUUCCAUUGGCGAAUUCUGGUUCGUAAUAGUGGCCGCUGUCCUGGUGUUGGGUAUCAGCUAUAUCACGGCUACCGUUUUGGGUGGUCUGUGGCGUAUAAACAAAUCUCGCGAUUUUUGUGCACUACGCAUCGCCGCAACGUUUCCAAAUAUUGUUGCAUUACCUAUUUUGAUAUUUCCUUCGUUGUGCGAGUACAGAGUGGUUUAUGAAGGAUUUUUCCAGGCAAGCCUCGACCCCGAUACUGUAUCAGAUCCGAGCGUUAUGCGAGAAACCUGUGAAGCCAAAGCAAAUACUAUGAUUUUUUGUUACUUUUUCUCUUGGUCCCUAUUGUUUUAUUCGAUUGGACAACCUCAAUUGAUUGCAGCAGCGAAGCGGCCAACUGCAAAUCUGAAAGACAGUACCAGUGCAGAGGAGGCACAACAAACAGAAGAAACUGACGAAACGAGUCAAGUACAGAUCAAUCCGUCCGACAACACCGAAAAUAAGCAUUAUUCAAAUCGGGCGGCGCUUCGAUUUCUUGGAUCUGCUAUUGAAACGCUUGGACAAGCGUCGUCUCCAAUGAGUACCAUGAUUGUCGCUGCCUCGCUCGUACCACCUAGAAUUUCGGUCGAGGAAGACACCAGCGCAAACAACGGCGAUGGUUGUGAAAGCACCUCAAGCAAUUUGUUAGAAGCUUUGACGGAAAAUCCGACUCGGCAUGAUCCCAACCUUGGAACACAGCAGCCAUGUGGACAUCCCAAAUCUUCUCUGCAAUCUGUACAUCAUUUUUUAUGGGCUGGGUCACUCCGACUGCUCCAAGCAUUCCCGCGAUCCAAUUCGGAACAGCUCCGACUAUUGGUGUGGUUUAUACUCUCGCGGUUGAUAGUUUCACCAUUAAUUGUUGUCGGCACACUUGUGGGGUUGGAAUGUGGUACUUCCUUGUUGGUAGACGUGCCAGCUUUGGCCAAGCUUGUGGUCGUUGUCAACGCGUGUUUACCGGGUGCACUUGUUGUGGUGGUGGUCUUGAAGGCGAAUGAGUCAUUGGCUGAUUCAGCCGCUGCUGUAGCCAAGGUAUACUUGCCAACAUAUCUUCUGAGUAUUGUUACUAUAGCGGCAUGGACAGCUUUGGGGUUGUGGAUAACCUUGCCGGACGAGCGUGGAUUGUCCAUAUCCUACAAUCUCGAUUGGGAGCCUGCCCGAACGGUUGACUCCUUUUCGGAACAUCGCUUCGGACCCGCUCAGUGUCCUAAGUGUUUCACCCUGUCUUUGUUCAGAACUUCAAAAGCAAGUAAACGUUCAUCCAUCAAAGCAUUGCCCGAUGACCUGGAUGGUGACUAA